GGUCUCAAAACGGAAACAGGAAUGUUGUUGUGUCAAGACGUUCAACAAUGACAAAUUUUGUCACAUUACAUGAUUUUUCAAGGACUUCUAUCAUCGGCAAUGGGUUAAACAUGAACUAUACGCAUACAUUCUAACUCAGGAAUCUUUUUGUUUUAUUUAUUGUGUGUUCUAUUCGUAAGAGACAGGUUUUCUUAAAUUCCGGCGAGUGGGAGGUGAAUAGAAAAGCCAUUGAAUAUUUCAAAACAUGGAAGACCGAGAAAGCAUAUACUCAUCAAAUUAUUCUCAGUCCUCUAUUCCAAUAACACCUCCGGGAUUAGAAGCAAUAUAUAAUGCAUGUAGAAGACAGUAUCAAGACCAACCAAAUCCUCUCCAAGUCACAGCAUUAGUCAAAUAUUGGCUUGGAGGUCCAGAUCCUUUGGACUAUAUUAGUAUGUACUCUAAUCCAGGUGAUGAAAACCGAGGAAUACCUCCCCACUGGCAUUAUAUAAGUUAUGGACUGUCUGACUUACAUGGAGAUGGUCGAGUACAUGAUCAUCAGUUUAGAAUGAAUGGUAACGAAGGACCAAGUGGAUUUGGUUUUGAAUUAACUUUUCGACUCAAACGUGAACAGGGUGAAACAAACCCACCAACAUGGCCUGCCACUUUAAUGCAGGCCUUGUCUAGAUAUGUGUUCCAAACAGAAAAUGUAUUAUAUAGUGGUGACCAUGUUCCAUGGAAUAUGCCAUUGGACGGAAGUGAGUCGAGAAUACAACACAUGCUUAUGGCAGAAGAUGCACAGUUAUUACCCAUUAGUACACCAUUUGGUAGUGUCAAUUUUGUACAAAUUAUUGGAUUAUGUGAAGAAGAAUUAAGGGCAGCUCAGCAUUGGAAUGGGCCUGGUGUUAUAGAGCUGGUUAGAUCAAUACCAUGUGCUGGUGGACCAUGGUUAAUAACUGAUAUGAGAAGAGGAGAGACCAUAUUUGAGAUUGACCCACAUCUUCAGGACCGAGUGGACCAGGGUAUAGAGACCGAAGGAUCCAACCUGUCAGGAGUAAACAGUCGAUGUUCCUGGGAGGAACCUGGGGAAGGCUCCGAGGAUUACUUCAAUGAAGAUGAUAACCACAUGCAUGAGGAGAGAAGGAACAGUAAUGAACUGGACAGAACAAGAAUAUCAGAUUUUGAUUCAGAACAAAUAAAAGCAACAUUAAAGAAAGGCUUAACCAGACCAAGUAACUUUGGUAGAAGAGACUCUAGAGAGAAUUUUGAAUAUGACCGUCAGUCAAGAAAACAGUCAUUUGAUAGUACAUGUUCAGAUGGACCAACAGAAUUACUACGCACUCGAUCAUUAGAUGCAGUACAUUUAAAAUUUAACCUUGAAGCAGGCCAAUUACUUCCCUUGGCAUUACGGGGCAGGUUAAAGCAUGGAAGACAUUUUACUUUUAUGAGUGCUUUAAAUGACACUGCUAUUACAUUAGUAUCAUUGAGUGUUAACGGUUCAAUUGCCGAUGAAAACCAUCCGUUUGCUGCUCAUGGACCAUGGUUACAGGUAUUAUUAACAGAUGACUUUAUAGAAGAAAUGAACAUGGACAUUGAGGAGUUGUUAAAUCCUGAAGAGGUUGAAUUUCCUAAAACAUAUUCCUGGCCAGAGAGAAGAUUAAUAGUGACAAUUUUACCAGAUGAGGUGUGAGAGAAAAUUUUCAUUAAAUGUUCUUCGUUGGAUACUUGAAAUUUGAAUGAGAAAUGUCUGAAAGGAUUAAACCACAUCAGUCGUAUUGUAUCAUUGAAUAACUUAUUUAAAGUGCUAUGAAUGGGACCAUCUAAAUGGGACGAUCUACUCGGAUGAAAGUGCUAAAAGUCCAUUUCUUCCUGAAAAACUAGUUCAUCAGAAGUUUGCUAUUAUGGUAAAUUCAAAUGAUGUAUCGAUAUUUUUGUCAUUGUUGUGAAAAUGGACGAACAAAAAAUUCCUGUUGUGAAGAAGAUGUAAUUAUAUAUCAAAACAUUCUAAAUUUUGAUGAAUGUAACAUUCUGACUGCAUAGCAUUGGAUUGGAUUUUAGUGUAUACACAUGUGUUUUCUGACGCCAUUGUUCAGAACAAACAUUGUUCAUUUAUAAUGUCACCUCAUUUUCAUGAUAUAUUUUAAGUGCAAUCAGAAAAAAUAAUUUUUUGUACAAAGAGAUUACGAAUUUUGUAUAUUUUCACAUCUGUAAAUAUUUACCUUGCAAUUUAUUAGAAUUUUAGAACAGCUGUUAAAUAACAGUGUAGAC